AUGAACAAUGAUUCAACUAGGAAGCUUCUGCAUUCUGUUAGAAGACUAGUGACAUUCUGCCAGGGACGCUACCCAACUAUGCCAUUGCUAUCCAAUUCUGUGAAGUUCAAUAGCCUUGCAAAUGACAGUGACUUGCAUUCUCUGCGUGCACGAGAGCUCUUAAUUUCAUUGUGCCCUGAUUUCUCUCUGGUUUCUGGGAAAAUGAAUCCUUCAGACCAAAGAAAUUAUCAUCGAUUGAAGAAAAGGACAGAUAAGAGGAAACAUGAUCGAAAGAGGAAACAAAAGGAAAGAGGAAAUAUUUUGAUAUGGGAGUUAGUGGAACAAACAAUGGAUGAAUUCCUUCUUAAGAAAUAUUCAGAAGAUCUAGACUUGGGUAAUCAGAACGCGGAAUCGCUUUCUGAAACUGUUGAGCCACCAUCAAAUUUCAUCGUGCCAUUAUUGAGCUACCAAAAGGAGUGGUUAGCUUGGUCAUUAAACCAAGAAAACUCUCAAAUCAGAGGGGGUAUUCUUGCUGAUGAAACGGGAAUGGGGAAGACUAUUCAAGCCAUUGCUCUCGUGCUUGCUCAACGCGAAUUACAAAAAGAUUCCUUGUCAUCUUCACCUGAGCAACUCCUCCCAGUAGUAAAAGGAACUCUUGUUAUAUGUCCUGUGAUUGCAGCAAUGCAAUGGUUUCGCGAGAUUGAACGUUGCACCACUAGAGGAAGCAAUAAAACUUUUGUUUAUCAUGGUGCCAAAAUGGAGAAAUGUAUGUACAAACUGGAGGAAUAUGAUUUUGUCAUUACUAUGUACCCCACUAUCGAGGCUGACUAUAUGCCCAAACUGUCAAAGAAGGGCGGCAAGAACUCAAAAAAGCGCAGCAGGAACUCAAAACCUGCUGAUGAUGAUGUGUCCAGGUUGAAGUCAAUUCUGCAUUCGGUGAAGUGGAAUCGUAUAAUAUUGGAUGAGGCUCAUUAUAUCCAAUCUGUAGACAGCAACGCCACAAAAGCGGUUCUUGCUUUAGAAUCUACAUAUAAGUGGGCCUUAACUGGUGCACACCUGCAAAUUGAAGUAUUGUACUCAUUAGUCCGUUUCUUAAGAGCUGAUCCUUAUGCUUAUUACUUUUGCGAAGAUUGUGAUGGCAAAGGACUUGAUUUUAGAUUCUCUAAUCCAAUGUGCCCCCACAAUUGUGCUCGAUACUUUCACUGGUGGAAAAAAUAUAUUGAAAUACCUGUAAAGCCGAUAUAUGAUGAGGAGGGUAGAGAUGCGAUGGUGUUGUUGAAUCACAGAAUUCUGAAAAAUAUAAUGCUAGAACGUACCAAAAAAGAAAGAGUUGCUGAUCUUGCACUUCCAACAAAGACUGUUAGAACGAGGAAAGUUUCUUUGGAUACUGAUGAAUAUAAAACCUACAAGUCAUUGUUCCGUAGAAGUCGAGAACAAUUCUAUAGUGUCCAUGCUGGAACUCUGAUGAAAAACUAUUUUCACAUGUUUGCUACUAUCGUACGCCUACGGCAGGUAGUUGAUCAUCCUUACCUUGUAGCUUGUGGCAAUAAAGAGGCUGGAGAUGUUGAACAAGCAUGUGACUUAUGUCAGGAUGCAGUGGAAGAUCCAGUAGUUACAUCUUGCAGCCACGUAUUUUGCAAGGCAUGUUUGAUAGAUUUUGCUGAAAGUACGGAGAGGAUGGCAUGCCCUUCAUGUACCGAACCCCUUACAUUUGAGUUCACUGUGAAUAAUGAUUCUAAUUCUGAACCUACUGGCAAAAGGUUUAGCUCCUCAAGUAUAUCGAAAAAAAAUCAGCUAAAUGAAUUCAAGACAAGCACUAAAUUAGAAGCUUUGAAGGAAGAAAUUAGCAUCAUGGUUGAAAGGGACGGUUCUGCAAAAGGAGUAGUUUUUAGCCAGUUCACAUCGUUUUUGGAUCUGAUACAACGUUCUCUUAAUCUGUCGGGCGUCAAUUGUGUUCAAUUAGUUGGAUCCAUGUCUGUUACUGCAAGAGAUGCUGCAGUUGACAAAUUCACUAAGGAUUCAGAUUGCAGGAUACUGCUUAUGAGCUUGAAAGAUGGAGGCAUUGCCCUUGAUGUUAAAGUUGUAUCACAUGUUUUCAUAAUGGAUACUUGGUGGAAUCCUGCGGUGGAGCAGCAAGCCCAAGAUAGAAUCCGUCGAAUAGGGCAACAUAAACCAGUCAAGAUUGUGAGAUUUAUAACUAAGAAUACAAUUGAAGAGAAAAUCUUAGAGUUACAAGAGGAGAAGAAAUUACGUUUUGAAGGGACAGUUGGUGGUUCUUCAAAGGCCUUAGGAAAGCUAAAAGGGAAGGACUUGAAAUCCCUGCUUAAUUGUCACUUUUGAGUUUUGAUAUGUUCUAUCUCUUCAGUUUGACAAACUAAUUUUGUACAGUGUGUUGUGACAUUCACCCUUGGGCUGUAUGGAUUUCGAUCUGUUGAAAGAGUUAAUUUUCUGUUGCUUCUGCAUCACCUUCAACAGGCAUUAGCUUCAUCAAUAGUUAAAUUGUUUCCUUUUCAUUUAACUUCAAUAAACUUCACCACAACAGGUUCCAAAUUUCUGCUUGGAUAGACUUGUUAGUGUCAGCAAUACCAAUUACUUUAACAAAAGUUGGAAGAGGAGGAUUAGGUAGAUAUCCUUUCACAGGUAGAUGUUUUUCAUCUGUGGAAAUUUCAAUGACUUUAUCACCGUCAGAUUUCUUAAAUUGUGCAAGCCUCUUUCCGACAUGCUCCUUGGAAACUCAGCAUUGACAAAGACUGCAGGAUUUAAGGUGUUCAUCAGUAUUCAGUAGCAUCUCUUAAGACAACAACUUCUUACAUGUACUAGCGAAGAAAUACUAUAAUUUUACAUAAAAAUAGAGAAGUUUAUAAAACAAAUUGAAUCUCAAUAAAACUGAGGAUAUUUCCAUAAGUUGGUGAGUUUUCAAUAGUGAUUAGAUUAGCAUCCAUGUAGAUGGAUUGGAUAAUUUAUUGAAGUUGGAGCAGCACAUAUGAGUAUGGAUUUGAAAGCCACAAACUACUUAAUCCGCAUGCUAGACUGAUCAUCUGCAAUGCUUCAUAUACACAAACUACUUGUACCAUGUAGAUAACUAUGC